AUGGAGAGUGACCGUACAUGGAUGUAUGGUGAUCGUGACACGUUGGAGUUCGUGAAAGGGGUUGAUGAAUUUUGUAACUCUGCCGUAACCUAUCGUGAUAGUUUGGGAAUGGGUGAGUUUUAUUGCCAUUGUGUUGAAUGUGGCAAUUUGAAGAAGGUUAGUUGUACCCGACUGCUUAGGGAUCAUAUUUUCCGUCGUGGGUUUAGGCCUCAAUAUCAUGUAUGGGCUUGGCACGGUAAAGAGGGGAAAUAUAGAGGAAAUUCAAGUGAGAAUGGUAUGCGUGAACAAGAAGAUGAGAUUUAUUUUUCUGAGGAAGAUCAUAGCAUGGAGUGUGAGGACGAUGAUGAAGAAGUUGAUAUUGAUGAUGAUAUAGAUAAUGUGGAUGAGAUGAUGCAAGGGGUGAAGGGUGAACGACCCAAUAUUUUUAAGUUCUUGUCUGAGGCUGCUGAACAACCAUUGUAUCCUGGUUGUACCAAGUACACCAAACUUACCGGCACGUCAAAGCUCUAUAGUAUUAAAACGGAGGGAAAUUGGACUGAUAGUAGUUUCACUAAGUUGUUAGCGAAGUUAACUGAUAUGUUCUCGGAUGACAAUACAGUUCCCAAGUCGAACUAUUACGCUAAGAAACUCAUGUGUCCCUUUGGUUUAGAGUACGAAAAGAUACAUGCUUGUCCGAAUGAUUGUGUGUUGUAUCGAAAACAAUAUGCGAAUUUUAAUCCGUGUCCAACGUGCGGAAAGUCGCGUUACAAGCGCAAGGGGGUUGGGGAUAAGAAAGGGCCUCCAGCUAAGGUAUUGUGGUAUCUUCCAAUAAUACCAAGAUUCAAGCGCUUGUUUUCAAUAAAGAAAGAUGCUAAGAAUUUGAGGUGGCAUGCAGACGGAAGAAAGAAAGAUGGCUUGCUAAAGCAUCCGGCUGAUUCUCCUGAGUGGAAGAACAUUAAUAGGUUACAUGAGUCAUUUGGUCUCGAAAAUCGAAAUUUGAGGCUCGGACUAUGUACGGAUGGGAUGAACCCAUUUGGCACUCUUAGCUCUCAACACAGUACAUGGCCGGUACUUCUAGUUAUCUAUAACCUGCCUCCUUGGUUGUGCAUGAAACGCAAGUACAUGAUGUUGUCCCUUCUAAUCUCGGGGCCAAAACAACUUGGAAAUGACAUAGAUGUCUAUCUUGAACCACUCAUUGAGGAUUUGAGAAAAAUGUGGGACGAAGAAGUUUCAGUAUAUGAUGCACAUGCUAAUGAGAUGUUCACAUUGCGUGCAAUGCUUUUCUGUACCAUCAAUGAUUUCCCGGCUUACGGCAAUUUAUCUGGAUUGCUAAGACGUGAUCACCCGUAUCGUAAGAAGAAGGCUGCAUUCAAUAGGGAAGUUGAAGAAGGAAUAGCUCGUAGGCUGCUGACUGGUUAUGAGGUUUAUGAGCAAGUGAAAGGUAUCGAGACGAUUUUCGGUAAGUCAAUGAAAGGCUCAGGGUCAGAGGUAGGAGGACUUUGGAAAAAAGAGUCGGUCUUUUGGAAACUUGCAUAUUGGAAAGAUCUACAUGUUAGACAUUGUCUGGACGUCAUGCACAUAGAGAAAAAUGUUUGUGAAGCCAUUCUUGGGACACUUAUGAAUAUCCCGAAAGUGACAAAGGAUAGUAAGGGGGUGCGAUUGUACUUGGAAUCUAAGGGGCUUCGACCAGAAUUGUGGCUUCAGGUGAAGGACACUAAGGAGAGGAAGGAGAUGGAAAAAGGGAAUAGUAGCAAAAAGGGAAAGGGAAAAGGAAAAUGCAAGACUAAAGUGAAAGAGAAGAAAGACGAAAGUGUUGAGAAGAAUUAUUUGCCCCCUGCUUGUUACACGAUGUCUAAAGCAGAGAAGCGGGCUUUUUGUGAGUGUUUUUAUGGUAUUAAGGUUCCAUCAGGGUAUUCAUCGAACAUGAAAAGAUUUGUGACCUUAAAUGGAGAGUUGAAGUUAUCUAGUAUGAAAUCCCACGAUUGUCAUGUCAUGAUGCAAGUAUUCUUACCGAUUGCAAUUCGUGGGAUAUUGCCUAAGCAUAUGAGGGACACUAUUACGGAACUUUGUGAAUUUUUCAAUAUCAUAUGUAGCAAAGUGCUCCAUCCGUCUAUACUUGAUACUCUUCAAGCAAAUGUGGUUCAAACAUUAUGCAAAUUUGAAAUGUAUUUUCCACCUUCAUUGUUUGAUAUAAUGGUUCAUCUAGUUAUCCACCUUGUUCGAGAAAUAAAAUGGUGUGGUCCGGUGUUUUUGAGGUGGAGCUACCCUUUUGAGAGGCGCAUGGGUACUUUGAGCCAUUAUGUAAGGAAUCCUGCACAUCCAGAAGGUAGUAUGAUUCAAGGAACUGUCGGCGCUGAAGUUGGUAAUUUUGUGGCCGAGUAUGUAGCUAGUGCUGAACCUACCGGACUUCCUAAAUCUCGACAUGAGGGAAGACUUCAAGGGAAGGGUACUAUUGGCUCAAAACUGAUCUUACCUCCACAUGACAAGCUCUUACAGGCACACUUUUAUGUUUUGCAUCACAUUGCGGAUGUAAAUCCUUAUAUGACAGAGCAUUUAAGUGAACUGAAGUCUGAAAAUCCUUCUAAAGGAGCGAGGGAAUUGAUGCAGCUCCAUAAUAAAACCUUUGUUCCUUGGUUUAGGUCAAGAAUACUGGAUCUACCGACUGCUGAAUUGGCCAGUGUCCCUAACAUGAUCCAAUGGCUUGCAUAUGGUCCUCGUGACAGUGUAAACUCAUAUGAAGGUUAUGAUAUCAACGGGUAUACAUUUUGGACAGAGCGACAAGAUGAAAAGUCAUUAUCAACGCAAAAUAGUGGUGUUUCACUUGCAGCAUCUUCUACGCAGUAUGCAAGUUCCAAGGAUAAAUCUCCGGUUGAUUCCAAGUUGUUAUUUUAUGGCCGAGUUCAAGAAAUAUGGGAGCUUAACUACCCUACCUUCACCGUGGGUCUUUUUAAGUGUAAGUGGGUUGAUAAUAAUCGGCGCUGCGUGAAUAGGAAUCCCCCUUUCACUCUCGUAGAUAUGGCUCGUUUGCGUGAGAGUUUGGAGCCAUUUGUAUUUGCAUCACAACCUAAGCAAGUAUUCUAUGUCACUGAUCCUGCUGAUAAAAAUUGGUCAAUUGUUUUACCGGGAAAAAGAAGUAUCCUUGGCAUUGGUGAUGUAGGGGAUGAGCAAGAGUAUGAUGCGUUUGAGGACACCCCACCUUUCACUUGCCCUGGAACCGUUGUGAUAGAGGAUGUAGACACAACAAAUUACAUGCGUGUAGAUCACACAGAAGGCAUACUUGAUGACUCUUAA